ACCACCUGCCAUGGAUGAAGAAUUAGCUUACUUGCUGUUCACCGCUAUGAUCUUUGGAAUAGCGGUAUAUAAAUAAAACAAAUUAUUAUUAUUAUUAUUAAGAAGCAUCUGCAGACACCCUCCAACCAUCUUGGUUUGACAGAGACAGUCUCAGUUAAUCCUCUACCAUCCCACUUUUACAGCUGCUUUUCAAAUGGCCCAAUUUCUCUUUCCUCCUCCCUUUGUCCUCGGCUUACGUCAACUACUGCAAACGGAGUUCAAAAUGCAAAAGUAGUUUUAAAGAAUUUGAAGUCCAAAUGCAAAUGCCAUCUACACUACUCACCAGAUCUUGCUCCGUCUAUUUUGUGUUUCCAAACCUUAAAAAAGAGUUUGAAAGGAAGGAAAGUUUGAAAUGAUUCCGAGGCGAGAGCAACAGCAGAACAAUAUUUCAGUGACCAGACAUCAAGGAGGGAAGAAUUGGAAGAGUUAAAGAAACUUCAGAAAUGAUAUGUCCAGUGCAUCAGAUCUUGAGAUGACUAUGUGGAAUAGCCUGUAUGUUUCAUAGCUCCCGGUCAUUCCCUUCUUGGUCAGGCCAAGAACUUUUCAGCACAACACUGAGUGGAUGUGAUUGAUUUUUCCCCUUCCCAGCAGAUUCAGGCAAACGCAAACUGCUGCAGCCUCUCCUAGCUUGUCUGUUUUUCCUUCUUAAUACCUUUUUUGCCAUUUUGAACACAUCCACCAGUGGCCAUCCUUGCUGGGUGGGUGAUGGGAUGUGGUCCUUUCCUGGCAGGGGAGAUACCAUGACCAUGAAGAUACUAUAACGACUUGGUUCAUUCUAGAACCGAGGACCCAGACAUUUGGAGGCACUUCCUUCUGGGGGCAACGCAGACCCUUCCUCUCCAAUCUGCUCCUUGGUGGGUUCUGGUUAAAAUCCUGGUUUUAAAAGAAUCCAUAGCCUAUAAGGACAUCUAGAGCAUGUUUGCUGGUGAAAGCGCAAAGCAGCCCAGUGUGCCCACGGUGCCCAGAGCUGCAAGGGAGCAUGCUCAGGCUUGUUUCUGCUCCCUUUCCUCUCCAUCAGAGUCAGUCAUGGAGAACUAUCGGAAGUCCAAGACUGUGGAGAAGCCCUCUCCUCUUCCUUUUACCAACUUGCCCUCUGAUAUAAUUGAAAUGAAAGUGAAGGAUGGCAGCAAAAUCCGGAACCUGAUGGGCUACGCCUUUGGCAAGAUGGAGUCCGACGCUAUGAGGCAGGUCCUCUUCAGUGGCGCCGGCAAAGCGAUUAGCAAGACGAUCACCUGCGUGGAGAUCAUGAAGCGGAGGAUGAAGAGCCUUCACCAGAUCACCAAAGUCUUCUUCAGGCAGACAGAGGAGAUCUGGGAUCCCAUCGUGCCGGAGGCUGGCCUCGACCCUUUGACUGUGAAGCGGAAUAUCCCUGCCAUUUGCGUCCUUCUCAGCAAAGAUCCCCUGGACACUAAGGAGCCAGGAUACCAAGCUCCUGGAUGCUUUGAUGCCUUCUGGUUGGAAACACUGAAGUCAGAAUCCCAGGGCCAGGCUAAGAGGAAGCAGGGCGGAGGAAGAGGGGCCGGCCGGGCUGGAAAACACCCGCGUUCCGUCGGACGGGAGGACGCCUACAAGAAGCCCUGAAGAAGCCAAGCUUCAGAAUGCCGGCAGUUGUCUGCAGAACCAAGGAAAGCCAGACCAUUUUCAGCUUAAUGUUCCAAAUGCUGGAGAUAGUAAGAGAAGAAAGUUAUAUUUGGGAAAAAGGACAGAAGUGUCUGAAUGUAUACAUUAAGUCAUUUUGGAUGGAUUGAACGUGGUGGUCUUGGAAGCUUUGGGUCUUUCCCUUACUUGAUGUUCCCGGAUGCGCUCAGUGGAGGCUUCAGUGUGUUGUGUGAAGUCUGUUCAGGACUGGAGUACUUGAAAUGUCAUUGACAGAUAAGAAAUGCAGGAUCUUAUUCAUUGGGAAGAACCUACAUCUGCUUUCACAGGCCUUUCUUGCCUUCUUCUCUGGUACAAGGAUGGCUAAUGGAAAUGACUUUUCCCCUCCCUAUCAUCUGGAUGCUCUCUUGCAAAACUCUUGAAACAAGAGUUUCAUACUUUACUAUCUUGUCAAAUUGCAUUACUGUGGGAUAGUUUAUCAGAUGCCCCCCCCCCCCAAGUGGUGAAAAUUAUUUCAUUGGGGCUGUGAAACUUCUACCAACCCCUUGUAGUUUGGAAGUAGCGCAAGACUUUUAAAUAAGUUUCAACCUUCUUGGUCAUUGAAAAAAAGGGGAAUCACAAUCUGAUUCAGCAUAAAGAUGAGGAGGUGGUUGUCAGAUGUGCUGGUUGUACCUGUUGGAUUGUGCCAAGAGACGGUUUGAUAAUGUCCUUUAAUGAGUUUUUAAAAACCCAAGGUGUCCCAGAAGCUUGUAAGAUUUAAGAACUAUAGACUGGUGGUCCUGAAAUUACAUAUAUUUUUGUUAAUAAAGCCAGGGGCAAUGUAUAUUUUUUGCUAA